UAGCGAGUGCGAGAGCGGCGUCCAUACCGCAGGGAGCCUUCGCAGCGACUCGGUCGGCAGCCACCAGCCCGCUUUGUGCCCUCCUCCUGUAGCAGGUCGUACUUAGGCCUCCCUACGCCCGCUGCGAAAGCCGCUGACAAGAUGUCCACUCCUGAAUCCCCCGAGUACUCUCCCUUCUUCGGCGUGAUCGGCGCCUCGGCCGCCAUGGUGUUCAGUGCCCUAGGAGCGGCUUAUGGGACGGCUAAGAGUGGUACAGGAAUUGCAGCCAUGUCUGUCAUGAGGCCUGAGCUAAUCAUGAAAUCCAUCAUUCCAGUCGUCAUGGCAGGUAUCAUUGCUAUCUAUGGACUGGUGGUGGCAGUACUAAUUGCCAACUCACUCACAGAAAAGAUAACGUUAUUUAAGAGCUUCCUUCAGCUGGGUGCUGGUUUGAGCGUGGGUCUGAGUGGUCUUGCUGCUGGCUUUGCUAUUGGCAUAGUGGGUGAUGCUGGAGUGCGAGGGACGGCGCAGCAGCCCAGGUUAUUUGUUGGAAUGAUCCUCAUCCUGAUCUUUGCUGAAGUGUUGGGUCUGUAUGGCCUGAUUGUUGCUUUGAUCCUCUCCACCAAAUAAAGCCCUGCAAUAUAAAUUCAGCUCCAUUCUUAUGGUCUUAACUCCAGAAUGUGUACAGUUGUCUCAAUUUGGUAGUCAAAUCUCUUGUAAAUGCACAAUUGUUAGUGACUUGUCUGUGUGUGUAUUUAGGUAUUUGGUUUUAAGAGCUGGGUGUAGUGGCUCCUGAACACGUGUGCAAUUUCCAAUCCAUAUUACUGUUGAGGAGUGCUUGGAUUCAAUUAGAAUUGUAAGUUUCAUUUCACUGGAUUUUUAUUUAAGAUUUAAAAUAUUCAUCCAUUAAUGAAGCAAGUUCUCUGGAGUCCCCAUGAUAUAGUAGAUUGUUGCACUGUCAGUAAUCGUGUUUGCUCAGAUCUCCUUGGAUGUAAUAAUUGGUAAAGAUUAGAUCUGAUCAUAAUCCUUUUGUGUGCUGGUAUUGGAGUGAGUUCUACUUGUGUUUUUAACAUCCUGAGGCACAUGUCAAUGUUUCCAGUGGUAGAAUGUAUGCCUACUCAUAAGGUGUGCACCCAAAUUUGGGUUUCACAUUUCUGAUGUUUCCAAAUAAUAAAAAAAAUUUCCUCAACUA